UAUCAAGAGGAACUACAACAUGGCUAAGAACUUUUCGGUGGCAUGGCUAUCGCAGAGCUCUCAGCCCGACUGCGGCCCCGGUUUAGAGGCUGCUCUGGCGUCCACGCUCCAAACCAAACAUGCUUCUUACAUAGAGAGCCUACGUUCUGAUGACGAUGUCAAGGAUGUUACCAAGAUCCCAUCUUCACCAACCAAUAGCUGUGGUUACACUUCCGGUUCGGAGAGUGAGGUCGGUGAUGACAGUGAGCCAGAAUUGGGCCCAAACCGUCGGGUUAGAACAAAAUUCACUUCCUACCAGAUUGCUCGGCUGGAGAAAACAUUUUACAAGCACAAAUACCUCGGGGCAAGCCAGAGGAGGAAAAUAGCUGAAAAGCUCCAUUUGUCUGAAACUCAGGUGAAAACAUGGUUUCAGAACAGAAGGAUGAAGCUGAAACGUGAGGCACAGGACACCCGGGUGGAAUAUUACACCCCGGCACUGCUUGCUCCUUUGGUUUUGCCACCACCACAAUUUCAGCACCAUGCGCUGGCUGGACAGCGACUCGUUCUUCCGCCUGCUGCCGCGUUCCCGCACUUUACCCCGCAACUCACCCGCACAGUGUCUCUGCACCAGCACACAGCACCCCGAGCCAUGAUUCACCCGACACUCCUCUCCUCCUGUUACUACUGACCAAACAGUCACAUGAAGGACUUUAGA